AUGUCUAAAUUCCUCAGAUACAUCCUAACAAAUUACAACGGUAUCGCAACUGGCCUCAACUGGCUCCUCCCUGCGAGCUGGGCAACAGGGUUGAACACUUUCUGCGGCAUGCCUUUCGAGAUCUUCAGAACAGACAGGAUUCUUGAGCAAUCUCAACGACCAGUAACUUUUGUAACCAAAUCUGAUGAUGAUACUAGAGGACUAGGGGAUUGGUAUUACAUUCUUGGUCGCGGGAGAAUGGAACUUGUCAGAGCUAUGGAAGUUGCAAUAUGGGAAAGUGUGCGUCAGAGCUACAGUGGGAGCUACGUCUCCACCAACCCCAGCCUCAAUUCAUCCCUCUUGCUGAAUGUUUCGGUUUCCAAGGGGUUACACUUGACCGGCUUCAUCUCCAACGGCACUGAUGUCUUCAACUCCGUCUUACCGACCUGGGGUAUUGAGACACUGGAUGAAGAGCGGUCCUGGUAUGCUCAGCUCGUACCCACACUACUUUACAAAAACGAACCAGAACGAGACGGGGAAAUCUGGCGUGUCCUGGUUGUGCCAGAGAGACUGCCGGAGGAUGAAGAGAAUGUGUGGUCAGCUUUUUGUCCCACUGAUAUUGAUACUCUGCUUUACGCUGGCAAGGCCAUCAACGAAAUAGUCUUCUGGAGUGAGCGAGAUGAGAAGACUUUGGAGCUGCUUGCCUGGGAUGUGAGCUUGGCAGCCAGCAAGACCAGUCGGUACGCGGAAACGUCAUUGCAAUUGCUCGAACUGCGCUCUGAUACAAAAUCUUGCAUUGUCCAUGAGAACUUACCUACGAGUGCCCUUUGAACAGGUUUCGCAGUAUCGACGGCUCCUUCUUAGCCUUCACUUUCACCUUGUCCCCUUUGCUCCUUCUCGUACUACUGCUCACGUCACUCUUAGCUUUCCUACUCUUGGUCUUCUUCGACUUGCCCUCAAGCGGCUUGAAGUCGGCUUCGGUGAGCUUUCCCUCCUCAAUAAGAGUGCGAGUAGCAACAGGGGUAAUGAAUUCUCCAUCGACACUGGUUCCCAUCGAGUUGGCCGCUUCGUCAGCGAUCCCUCGUCUCCAUUUCUCAAUGGAAUCGAGCUCCCGCAGUUCAUCUACGUCUUCGUCUGCACUUGCAGCUUGAGCUUCAACAGCAUUCUCCAGAAGACGUUCUGCGCUGUUCUUGGCUUUGAUUUUUUUGAUGAUUUUGUAGCUGCCGAAGGCGAUGAUUGUGACACCCACGCCCACGCCUGCUGCAAUUGCAAAUUGUGGGCUUGCGAGGAGUGCUAUGAUCGCAGGAAACGAAGUCUUCAUCGUCGCAAGAGCGCCAGGAGCCAUCUUCGCGGCAAGGUUUGCAAUUUCUCCCAACGUCAAGGCCACAGCUGC